AUGUCUCAAAAAUUUCCGGCUUUUUAUCCGAUCACACAGGUCUGUGUGGUGGCAGACCCUCAGAAAUGUCCACCAAGUUACGAUUUGUUGAUGAGAUCCAAAGAUAAGGAGGCCGACUGCGACCUGUGGCGAGAAAGUGGAAUGUUUAAACGAUACACAAGGUACCUCUGCUUCACCAGAUCAUUCAACAUUGAUAAUCUUCAGGAUAACAUGGUUUUGGUGGCACUGCAAAUCCUCAACGAGAAAGACUUUCCCCCAACUGGCUUCACGACUAUAGAUAAAACUCUAGAUUCAGAGGAAAAAGCAUUUAGAAAAAAACAACUAUGUGUCAAGAUGGCCAGCCGAAAUUCGGUCUCCACAGCCAUUACAGAUAUUGUCUUACUUACUAAAGUUAAGAGGCCUCCAGAAGAAUAUACGUUGUUAGGUGAUAUAAAUGGCAUAUUGGUAUGCUACAAAACUGGUAGAGUUCCACCAGAGACACAAUCAUUCAUCCAUGCAGCUAAUUCUAUUGUGGCCAACACUACAGCUGCUGCUGCUUCUACAGCUGCUUCUACAGCUGCUAUUUCCAAUAAAAUCACUUUGAGGUUUGUUUUAUUUCUUGAUUUUUUAUCUUUAUUUUGUCUGUUAUAG